GUUACGUUUCCACCUUCGAACAUUUUAUAUACUCAUGACAACUGCACCUCUUAUAUUAAACUAGUACUACUCAUUAUCUUUGAAUACCAGACCUCAUUAAAAUCUGAUGAAUUCUACAGAAAAAGAAGUAAAAGUAGAUCUCCCAGGGUUUAUUAGAGUCUACAAAGAUGGCUCAGUUGAGAGACUAUUUGGCUCACCACAAGUUCCUCCAACCCUUGAAGACCCACAAACCGGCGUAUCCUCGAAAGAUGUUAACAUCUCCAUUGACACAAAUCUCUCAGCUAGGCUCUACCUUCCAAAACUGAUCACAAAAAAGCUUCCCACCUUAGUCUACUUCCAUGGUGGCGGCUUCUGUGUCGAAUCUGCCUUUUCUUUUCCUCAUCAACGCUACAUGAACAUCUUAGCCUCUCAAGCCGGGGUGUUGAUUGUUUCGGUAGAAUAUAGGCUUGCACCUGAACACCCUCUUCCCACUGCUUAUGAAGACUGUUGGACCGCUCUCAACUGGGUUGCCUCGCUUUCGGACCCUUGGUUAGCUAGCCAUGGAGAUCUCGAAGCGCUCUUCAUUGGGGGUGACAGUUCCGGAGCCAAUAUAGCCCACAACUUAGCCAUGAGGGCAGGUACUCAGAACUUGGAGAAUGGGGUUAACAUCCUAGGAGCUUUUAUUUCGAGCUCACAUUUCUUGGAUGAGCCAGGUGCGUCAGCCACUGGCAUCCAGAUGGGGUAUAGAGUCUGGAACUUUGUUUAUCCAGACGCGCCUGGUGGUCCGGACAGCCCUAUGAUUAAUCCCAUGUGUGCUCAAGCACCGAGUUUAGCGGGGCUUGGAUGCUCGAGGUUGCUUGUUUUGGUGGCUGAAAAGGAAGAUCAUAGAAAUACUCAAGUGAGGUACUAUGAAGCAGUGAAAAACAGUGGAUUUCAAGGGAAAGUGGAGUUGUUUGAGACCAAAGGAGAAGGUCAUUGUUUUCAUAUUUUUAAUCCAGAUACUGAGAAUGCUAAGCUUAUGUUCCAACGCCUUGCUUCUUUUCUUCAGAAGUGAUUGUGAUGGUAUUUUAGUCGUAUAUUUCUACCUAGUGAACUAUGUUGGAUUGAUUUAGGAGUAUUUUCUAAUUUUAUAUAGGAAAAUUUGCUAAACAAAUAUCUUUUAAAAGUUCAAUUUUGUGAAAAAAAACUUUUAAAACAUUCGUUGCAAAAACAAACCAAAAAAUUAAUUUUUUUUUUACAAGAUAAAACAUAUUCUCAUUUUCUGUUGUGGUUUUUGAGAUGAAUAAGGUGGCACUUUUAUUUUCUUUUAAUCCUCUAUUUUUAUUAACUGCAACACCACCCCUAUGCAUCUCAAAAACCACGUUGGAAAAUGAAAAUAGGUUUCAUCUUUCAAAAAAAAUUAAAUUCGUGGUUUAUUUUUGCGAAUAAUGCUUUAAAAGAUUUUUUUCACAAAAUUGAAAUUUUAAAAGGUUAUUUUUGACAAAUUUUUCUUCUAUUUAUAAGAGUUUAAAUAGAUUGAUUUUGAGAUAAAUACUUAGAGAUAAUAUUUUCGGAAGUAUUGUGUUAAGAAACAUUUCGAUAUCUCCUUCUGCUACUCUAGUUGGUGUUUAUUGGUUAUACUAUUAAUACUUUCCCAAUUCCCAUGAUCAAUAAUAUUAUUUGAGCAUUUGCCUUCAACCUAAACUUAACAAACUCAAACUCGUAAUUCUUUCUUAUUUGGUCAGCAGUAAUAAAGUUUUCAAUAAUUGGUAAGAGGCUCAUAUUUUGAGGUUCAAGGUUAUUCUAGCGGCUGAAAAAGAUCCUUCUUUCAUCCAUAUGAUAUUGACAGGGGCUCAAUUCUUAGCUAUUGUAGGAAGGACUCCCAAUAUCUCUCCCUUUUUCCAAAGAAAUUCUCCUUACCUAAAAAAAAAAAGGUUUGUAAUACAUAUACUUUGUAAGUUGUAGUAAUAGAGCUUUGCGUUCUAAAAAUAAACUCCCUAUUCUGCUUCCUCCAUUUCUUAAUAAAUACAUAAUAUGAACUUUUUACAUUAUUGAAAA